UAAUAAAGUUUGUAUAAAUUAUCCACAAGAUGCAGCGCAUGUGUUGCAAUUUUACGUAUUUCGUAAGUGUUUAACAAUUUAAGUUUACGGAGAAAUUUAUAUCAACACUUAAAAGUGCAUUUGAUAGCUAAAAGACUGAACAUUUAAGAAGGAUGUUCUUUUCGAUUCUUGGCUAUUUUUUACUCCAAUCACUGGUAGCACAUAUUGUCAAUUGUCAAGCACCAACAUGGCAAUCACCUACAGAUGGUACUACUUAUACUCUAGACAUUAGUCUAGCUGAAGCAUGUUCAGCAAUUGAAAAUGUUGCUGGUGACGAUUUUUUAAGUGCGUUUUCAAGCGGGGAUAUUGUUUAUUAUAGAAAAGUGUCUGAAUCACCGGACGAUAGUGCGUUCAGUGUGACAGAUCAUUUUUCAUCCGACAAAAUGAUCAAGUGUGAAAAGAAAAAUAUCAAAGCCUCUCAGUAUCAAGUGAUUCUUGGUGCAUACUACGAUCCAAGAACAGCCGACACUGAAGCUACUAUAACAGUGACAAUAAAUGUGCAAGGAUUACCAGAACGUAAGAAACCUGUAUGGGUCAAGCCGAAUCCCGACUCAACUGCUGAUGACCACGUUAUAGAUUUAUUAGAGACUUCUAAAGCUGGGGACGUUAUUCUGACACUGUCAGCCACUGACGCCGAUACUGAGACUGCAGGUUUAUCAUUUAACAUGGAUAAAAGUGUUCAGGCUACUAGAGACGUUUUUUUUGUGGAAGGAAACGAAUUAAAAGUUAAAGCUGGCGUAACAACUGACACAUUUGAUAUAGAGAAAGUGGGCGUUGUUGAAACGUAUGCGAUUAUUUUAGAAGUGAGUGAUGGGACAUCAGCAGAAACGUUAUUAACAUCAAUUAUUUUACAAGAUGUGAAUGAUAACAAACCAAUAUUUAGCGGCUCAUUUACAGCUUAUAUUGGAGAAAAUGCUGAAGCAGGUACAACUGUUAUCACUAUCACAGCAUCGGACGCAGAUAAGAGUGCAGAGUUUAACGUAGUUUCGUUUAAAGUUGACGGGGUACUCGAUUCAGUUUUCAUAUUAGAUGGUGACAAAAUUUUAGUAGCAACCGGCGCUACUUUCAGUCGUGCCACUACUCCAACUUACAAAUUUACGAUAGAAGCUUCCGACUCCACUAACACUGAGACACAAGAGUUUACCGUGAACAAAAAAGGGCGGGCUGGCCAAGAAUUUGACAAAGUGUCUAACUGUGUUGUCCUUUGA